GUCGCGGCGGCGCACGUCCGCAGCCAGAGGCCAGCGCCGCCGUCAACGGAGUCUUUGUCUCCGCAGCUGAGGAGGCGCCUCCGGAAACCCGCAACCGCCCGAGGCUGUGCCCGCCGCUCUAGCCUGCCUCAGCUCUUCUUGGUUCUGCCCGCUCCCUCCGCCGGCCCCGGCCCAGGCGGCGGCCCCGACCCCGGCGAUCAUGAAUCAGGCAGAUAAAAAUCAACAAGAUAUCCCAUCAUACCUUAGUGACGAACCACCAGAAGGAUCAAUGAAAGAUCACCCACAGCAGCAACCAGGCAUGUUGUCCCGUGUGACUGGCGGUAUUUUCAGUGUUACAAAAGGAGCUGUUGGUGCCACCAUUGGUGGUGUGGCUUGGAUUGGUGGAAAGAGUCUGGAGGUGACCAAAACAGCUGUUACAACUGUGCCUUCCAUGGGAAUAGGGCUGGUGAAAGGGGGCGUGUCUGCUGUGGCUGGAGGUGUUACAGCUGUUGGGUCUGCUGUUGUAAACAAAGUGCCCUUAACAGGAAAGAAGAAAGACAAAUCUGACUAAAACAUGGAGAUACAUUUGCUCUCUACAGCAUUAUGAUGCCAAUGGCAUUGAAUUGCUAAAUUAUGGACUACAACUAAGUCAACUGUUUUGGAUGUUUAUCUUCUUAAACUGCUGUGUUGAAAGUAUUGAUGACUGGCUUUCGUCUAAAAAGAAGAGACCAAUACUAGCACAGUGUAUGAAGGUUUCUCAUACUUAAAUUCCAGCUUUUUAUCUGGUAAAAUGUUACGCUUAUCAGCUGUAACUGAAGAUAUAUUUGAGUAUUUACUAUAAGUCUUUUAGUUUAACUAAAAAUGUGAAAGUUGAAUUUAGUGGAUGAUCUUUACAAUUCCAUAUGUAUAAUGUGCCAGGUAACACAUCUGUCCCUUAAAAAGGGAACCUUGAACUACAUAAACUGUAAUUUUGAUGUGCCUACUA